AUGGCAUCUCAAAGUUUGUGCUCCAUACUUAUUUCUGAAGAAGCUGAUCUCGACGAUGCCGUUACGUCAGUUUAUUUUGCAAAAUUCAUUCUUAAUGGUACAACAGAUGCAAUUCGAGUAUCAUUUGUAAACCGUAUCACUUAUGGCUAUAUCGCACCAGUUAUCAUAUCAUUUGGUAUCAUUGGUGACAUAAUGACGGUGGCAACAUUAACACGUUCGUUAUUCAAACGAUCACCAAUCAUUUAUACCUACCUCAUAUUACUUGCCAUUACCGAUCUGGCAAGUUUUUCUGGUGAAUGCAUUGAUGGGUGCAAGCGUAUGGAUUGUGGUAUUUCUAACAAUGAGUCAGUACAUGGCUGUUUGUCAUCCUUUUCAUCAUCGUUAUCUCAGCUACCGCCCGGAAUUGCUUCAUGUCGAUUUGUUAUAUGUGAUCGUAAAAUUGAAAUGUGGUAUAAAGCGUAUGAAUGGUGUCGUGAAACGAUAAGCCGUUUGUUACCAUUCGUUUUGGUCGCUUAUUUUAAUUCAAAAAUUUUAAUCACAUAUCGGAGUACUAAAAAGGAGCGCUUCCAAAGACUUGCUUUUAAUCAACAAAAAAUUUCAACCAAAACUGAACAAGAAGAAAAGCAAUUAUUCACAUUGCUGUUUUCGAUUGUUAUAAUAUUUUUUAUUUGUACAAUACCGGCUGCUCCACUUACAAUAUUCGUUUCUGAUAAACGAUCUUUUAAUGUACCAUUUCAA